GCCCCGAGCCGGCGACAUCAGCUGCCUUCGUCCGCUCCGAGAGUUGACGUGACCGACCAGCCUUCUUCUUGUUAUCGAAGCGUCCAGCUUUCAUCAGCAACCAUGCCUGACCCUUGCUGCGGAAGCGGUGGCAGUUGCCAGGGCGACAGCUGCAAGUGCGGUGCCAGCUGCACUUGCACGAACUGCGCCUGCAAAGGCGAGAAGAAGUGAGCGGGCGCGCCGCCCUGCCGCCGGCGCUGCCGCCGAUGCCGGCGCCCUGGUCACGGCACAGGCUUAAACACCAGUGAAUACUCUUCAAAUACUGCCUGUGCCACCAUCACCUAUCAACUUUUCAUCGCUAAUUUAUCUACCGCAUCUCCACUGUUCUAAAAUUAUUUCACAGUAUUUUCAUAACUUUCUGUUUUUGUCUUCUGUACUUUAUGUCAAUGUGAAAUAAUAAAAAAAAUAUUGUUGCUAUUUUGAUUUAUAUUUUCAAGUGAACCCU